AUGGUACACUCGACCGGCAGAAAACCCUCAUCGUCUACGGAUGGCUUCUUCCAAUCCAUCCCCACUGUUCCCCCAGCAUAUACCUUUGUCAACGAUGGGUCCGCAAACUCAAGCUCCCUGGCUGCUUCGGAUGAUAUAGCUCUCGCGAGGAUUCUCAAUCUCUACCUGCCACGGGACUCCCCCGUUGGUGUCUCAGUUCACAACCUAUCGCGUCGUGCACUGCAUCCGGUUAUCCUGAACUUGGCCACCGAUGCCGAGGUGAACCAGCCCAUCAUCCGACCACUUAGUACCUUCGGCAUCCAGAAUAGUGUCGACCCGUUAAUCACCGGAGAAGGGUGGAGAAAGCUGACAGCCAUCGCACAAGAGGAGGGCUUGGUUGCAGUCGCCUACAAGAAGAGCAAUGAACAAUGGAAUCGACGCGUGCAACAAUUCGCAAUGAAUCAUGUCUGGUCACCCAGUGCUGCGAUGACGGGGUGUCCUGGCUCGAUGACGGAUGGAGCGGCCAAAUUGUUGGCGGCACGGCUGGACGACGUGGACGGUGAUCAGCCCGGCCGCCGCGCGGUGUUGCAAGAAGCAUACAGACGUCUUGUAUCAGAUAUUCCCGGUGAGGCCUGGACAACAGGACAAUGGAUGACGGAGAGAACGGGCGGCAGUGAUGUCCGGGAAACGGAAACACUGGCGUGGCGGUUGACGACAGAAGAAAUCUCGCGAGAUGUCGAACAGGGACGAGAUGUGGAUGCUCAUGGAUUGCAACUGGGCCCGUGGCGCAUCGACGGAUUCAAGUGGUUCAGCAGUGCCACCGACUCCGACAUGGCCAUGCUUCUUGCGCAGACCGAGAAAGGUCUCAGUCUCUUCCUUGCACCCAUGCGGCGCCGCUCCGGAAAGAACAGUGACGCGAGCGAGCUGAACGGCAUUCGGAUCCAGCGUUUGAAGAGCAAGUUGGGCACCAAGUCCCUACCCACAGCGGAGUUGGAGUUGAAGGGGGUUCGUGGUUGGCUGGUGGGAGAGGAAGGCAAGGGAGUCAAUGCCAUCUCGACCGUUCUCAAUAUCACCCGACUCUACUGUGCAGGUGUAUCAGCAGCAGGUUGGGGCCGUGGACUAUCCAUUUGCCGGGCGUACACUCGCGUCCGCAAGACGCGCGGAGCGCUUCUGCAGGAUAAUGUGCAGCAUGUGCGGUGGAUGGCGGACGAGACGGUCAAUUACUCUGCGGCAAUGCACUUGGCAUUCUUCGGGGUCGCACUGCAGGGUACCAUGGAGCAGAGUUGGGACUCCAUGGUCCGCAGUACCAAAGCUGCUGGACUUAUCCCGCAUGAUCCUGCCAAGGCUGCCACUCUCCUGCGUCUGAUAACACCCGCCUUGAAGGCCACUGUUAGUGUGAACGCGGUUCAUGGACUUCGGGCCUGCAUGGAAUGCCUGGGUGGGGUUGGAUACUGCGAAAAUAAUGAAGAUGGCGGUAUUCUGAACAUCGCCAAGAUAUUCCGAGACACCACUGUCAAUGCCAUCUGGGAGGGCACAGUCAGUGUUAUGGCGGAGGAUGUUAUUCGAGUCCUUACCGACAAACGGUUGCAGGGUAAGAAGUCGGCAGGCUCAGUUUUGGUUGAAUGGACAAAGGAUAUUUUGAAAGGCUGCCAAUCGAGGUUCGCCGAGGAACGCGCUAGUGUGGAAGGAAGACUAAACGCUCUGCUCGAAAUUACACAGAGUACCAACAGGGACGAACUCCUGUGGCGCGACAGGGAGAUCCUGCAACAUAUUGCCACUAUAGUGUCCUCAUGUUUGGUCAUUUACGAUGCAUCCUCCGAUGACGAUGAGCGUGCGACACAGAUAGCAUCCAGGUGGGUGCGCUCACAAGCACUUGCAGGUACUAAAGGUGCCUUGAAGUCCUCUUGGCAGCAUGAGUCUGCCAUUGAUCGAUUGAUCUUUUUGGGCGAAUCCACGUCGGUCUCCCGCUCGGCGAAGAUUUGA